ACUAGAAAGUCGGUUUGGUCUCUACUGAAAUGAUACGCACAGAGACUUAGAACAAAAACAUACUUUCAAAGAGAAGAUUUAUUGUAGUUUUCUAGUUUCCUUCGUUGCAGCUGUUUUGCGAAAGAACGAAGCAGGGUGUACUACUGUGUCAGAGAUGGAAGCAGAAUCGUCUUUGGCUUUGGAGCUCACAUGUCCAGUUUGCUUGUUGCUCUUCUCUGAGCCAGCUUGUCUUCCCUGUGGCCACAUCUACUGCUUUGCCUGCCUUCAGACCAUGGGAGAAGGCCUUGACCAACACUGCUGCCCAGAAUGCCAAGCAGAAUAUCAGGGAACCAAAGCCGCUGUAAAAAGUGUUAAAAUAAGCAAUAUUGUUGAGACCUACAAAGCUACGGGAGGAAGCGUCAGUGCCUCAGCAGACUUUUCGGACACCAGACACCCAACAGUCAUGAAUAAUCUUAGUUGUGGUACAAUCCAAUCAAACGCAAAAGAUGAUAAGGCAACAGCUGGAAUGAGCCAACAAGAGGGCUCGGGAAGCCCUUUAGAGGAUUUUAAAAAGUCAGGGUUCAAUGAAAAGGAUGGCUUCCAAUUGAAGGCUGAUGCCUCGGGGCACUCGUUUUCUUUAGAAGAAGAACAAGGCAGCAAGAAGGAAAUGGAUGAACCUAAAUUUCGUCUUGCAUCUCAAGUGACAGAGCUGACCCUCAAGCUGGAGAUGGCAGACAGUGUUCUGAGGAAGGAGAAGGAAUGGAAGGAGGAGGUGUCCAGUGCUAAUUCUCACCUGAAAGAGAAAAUGUCUAAACUUUUAGCAGAUAUUGUGGAUUUGUCGCAGAGCUACAGCGUGACUGUGAAACAGCUGAUUGAGGAAGAGCUCCGUCCAGGCGAGGAAGCCGUAUCAAGUCGUGUCAGUCGAGCUUCUGUGCUCACUGAGCAGCUACAGCAGGCUAUGCUCAAAGCCAAGUCCCUGCUUACUGAAGAGGAUGACACCGUGUUUGCUGAUGAGCUUCAGGUUUUACAACCACGCAUUGACAAGUUAAUGGCCCAGCCUUUGGAAGGGGAAGACGAUGGAAUUGAAACAAAAGUUGACCCUGCACGAACUUGUUCUAAGUUGGAAGACGUGAAUGCUGAGUUGAGGGAAAGAAUUGGAGAUGUUCAGCGGUCCCUCCGAAACACCCUCAACCCUUCCGAAGUCACCUUUGACCCAGAUACGGCCCAUCCCAACCUUGUCCUCUCAGCAGAUCUGAAGAGGGUGACUUUUAGCAGUGCCAAACAGCCUUAUCCAACAUGUCCUCAGAGGUUUACCAGCUUCUUUCAGGUGCUCAGCGCCCAGAGCUUCUCUGAUGGUGACCACCGCUGGGAGGUGGAGCUCGAAGUCUCUCCAUGGAUCAUCGGCGUGUGCUACAGCAAGCAGUUGGCACGUAGCGGGCUGCCCUCUGCUCUGGAAAGCAGUCGUAGCUCCUGGUGCCUGAUGUGGUUUGACAACCUGCUGACGGCCUUUGAGCGGGGUCAUUCUGUGCCGCUGAAGAGAACCACGGUUUCACGCAAGCUGGAGCUCAAACUGAGCUUCAAGACCCACAGGCUUAGCUUCUACAACAUCAGCCCAAACAGCGGGAAGACUCACAUUUACACCUUUAAGGCUCACUUGACUGAGCCAGUGCAUCUGGCCUACAGGAUGAUGGCCGCACACCCCAAAGCUCGCGCUACUAUCUGUUCAUAGUUGGAAUUGUACUUCAGCUGACAAUAUUUACUUCUUGGCAAACGUGCUAAUGACAGGAACACAAAAGUUAUCAGACCAAAUUUUUCCUUUCUUUGUGUGACCUGCUACAUCCCAAAAUGCAAAAUCCUUUCUCUUUGUCUUUUUAAUGAAACAGUUUUACUGAUGUGUUAUUAAAAUACACUGACAAAUUCUGUCAUUUUCAGGAAAAUUGUGUAGUUGAAUGCAAGGAUAUGGGAGCUUUGGGUUUCUGGGUAAUGUGACACUAAAUGUGCUUUUUAGCAUCAGUAGUUACUUCAGGCCCUGUCACAACUUGAUGAUUUAGCCUGCGUAUGCCAACCGUAUUAAAAACACUGGCACACACUGGGGUACGUCUAAUAAAUUAAUGCAGCUG